AUGAUGGAGUCUUCUUUGGCGAGGACCGGCGACGGUGUGCCCGCGGCGAAGGAACCUCCCACAGGAAGGCGGCGGCGGCGCAGCAGCCCCGUGAGGCGUGAGGAGGCCCCUCGCACGCACGGGGCCGGUGUGCCCAAGGAGGAGUCGGGGCGGGAACUGCGGGCGGACGAUCCGACAGAGCUGCCAGCGGCCAAGCGGCCGCGGGCAGAGGCCAAGACGCAUUCGACCUUUGUGGAGCUUCGCCGCACUCUGGUGGACGCGGCAGCGGUGGCCAACUUCAUUACGCAGCACCACGAGACGAGACUGCGGGAGGUGAAACAGGCCAACAGCUUCUACCAAGCCAUUAGCAACUGCACGGAGGACCUCUUCGCCUCACUCUGCCAAGAGCACCGGCGUCAGGUGCACCUCGCACUGGAGAGAAUGUUUGAGUUGUAUGCAACGGGGAAGGUCGCAAUGUCUCCCGCGGUGCACGAGUUUCUCAUUCGCUGUGAACAGCAUGGUGUAAAGACGGUGGAGUGGGCCACCGAACUCGAGUCUGAGGCACCAACCACCGCUACUAACACUACUACUGCUGCCGACACAAUCACGGGCACUGUCACGGAGAGCGCAACACAGCCAGAACAGCGACAACAUCAGCUGCCUAUGCUGCUGUUGUCUCCCCGAGAGCUUCUCAAGAAACUUGCGGGUAUUGAUCCGCGCGGAAGGCUGGAGCGUAUGAUCGAAAUGUGCUCCACUCUGGGCGACCUCCACACCUGUGCGCGUAAACUGUGCAAGGCGACAGGGAAUGAGGGGCGAUGGGAGUAUGCGACAACGUGUCAACUGAUCAGCAAAACAGCCUCAAAGACCCGCCGGAUUUGUGGGGCGGCGUUGCUUGCCGAGACGCCACAUCUCUCUAAAGAGGACGCAGCGACACUGAGCGACGUGGUCGGCUCCCUGCUUUCCGUCACGAGGCGUGCCUUGGCUGCACGGCCUCCUUCCUCCUCGCAGCAGCCCAUCUCAAAGCUGAGCCACCUCGCCAAGUGGUGCGCGGGCCACGGUCUCCUUGAAAAGAGCCACGCUGAGGCGGUUGCGGCACUUGAGGCGCAAGCGACGCGCGACCUGGGAGCACAGGCAACCCAGCUAGAGACGGUGAUGAUGCUUAAGGCGCUUCCCGCCGGGGAUGAGGCGGCGGCGCGCGCGGCCCUUGACGGCAUAUGGAAUGAACAGGAGGGACACUUUAAGCCCUACAGCGCAGACGUGCUCUCCUCCAUUGCGGUUGUGGCGGCUGCCAACGGCAUCUCAGCCGCGUUUCGAGCGCUCGUCGCUGCGAGACUUGUGAAGACGCAGCAACGACAGCUCCAUGGGUGCGGCCUGCAACUUCCACGACGUGCUCUCAAGUUUGUGAAUGACGAAUACUCGAGAGAAAAGCAGGAGUCAAUCAAGCGCAUGCUUGCCGCCGAGCAGGAGAAGAGCAAGAAAACACAGGAAUCAUGA